AUGCGCCGCAUGCCCACUGCGCUCGUGACCGGUGCGUCGCGCGGCCUCGGCCUCGAGUGGUGCAGGCAGCUUUCCGAUAAAGGGUGGACGGUCUACGCCGCGUGCCGAGCCGGUCCGGCCGCUCCCGCACUCGCACCUCUCAACGUCACGCCGGUCAUGCUCGACGUGGCCGAUCCGGCCUCGGUUGCCGGACUUGCUGCUGCGCUCGAGGGCGUCGACCUCGACUUGCUCGUGAACAAUGCGGGCAUCCGGCCAGAUGAGUGCGGCCCCGACAAGACGCUCGGCGAGAUGGACUAUUCCGCUAUGGAGGCCACGAGGAGAGCGGCCGGUAAGCUCUGUCACGGCCCGUUCAAAAUCAACAUUCUUGCACAGGCCGUGCUCGCAACCAACACGGUCGGGCCGAUGCGAGUGCUCUCCGCUUGCCUGCCGGCGCUCAAGCGGGCGGGCGCGUUCAAAGUGCUCAACGUCAGCUCCGGCCUCGGCUCCUGCUCGCUGGCAGCGCACACCCGCCGCGCGUUCGGCAACAUUGCGGCCACCGACCUCGCAUACCGCUCCUCCAAGGCGGCCCUCAACAUGGCCACGGCGCUGGCCGCCCUCGAGCUGGGCGAGCCACGCCCGAGCCACCUCCGCGACACUUCCGAGACGGCCAACUCGCCGGCGUGUGUUGGAUGA